CUAAUGCCUAACUUUAAACCUACCUUGCUUGUUCUUACAAUCUGCACCUCAACGUAGUCAAGGAGCAAUUCUAGUUACUCAGAAUGAAAAUCACCAGAGGAUUGGUGGCCACCAUUUUGAUUAUUUCGGUGCUUGCUGUCCUUGUUGUAGUUGCAAUUAUUGUUUUAGUCACCUUUCUGCCUAAAGCCGCAAAUUCUAGUCCAUGGACAGUUUACUACGAUGGAAAUUUCAGAAUAUUAAAUGUUCCUUACAACGAUAGCUUGGCAGCAAGCAGUUCAAUGGAGUUCUUUGUGUUAGCAGAUGAAAUUCAUACACAACUCAAAUCGGUGUACUCAAAAUCAGGCUUGUCCAACCAAUUUGACCUUGCACAAGUUGUAGAGUUCAGCCCUGGGAGUGUUAAGGUGGCACUUGUACUUCAAUUCAAAGGAAAUGGAAGCAGCCCCGAUGUAAUUGUGGGAGCAGUCAAAGAAACAUUUCAGCAAAACUUAACACCAGUCAAUGCAUCCAGCACAUCUGGCUCCUUAGAUCGUUUUGUCAUAGACUUAACAUCAAUUCAGUUUACUGAAAUCAGUAAGGCAGAAGCAGAAGCUCUUUUCUUUAAAGUUUCCAAAAAUGUUUCAGCUGUGCCAAAUUCAGAUGCUGCAACAACCACAGACAUGCCCACGACACUUACCUCAAAUGGGGAAUCACCAAAUUCUACACUGCUAACCACAAGUGCCACACCUGACAUGACCACUGCUGACGUUACUAUCUCCACUGUGACCUCAAUAGGCUCUACUGCACCGACAAUGGCAACCUCAAUUGUGACUUCUAGAAAUAAUGUCACGUCACCAACUUGUGGCUCUCAGUUUCCAACAUCCAGCAAGAUUGUUGGUGGGACAGCUUCGGUGAAUGGUGAAUGGCCCUGGCAAGUUAGCCUCCACGUUCAAUCUCAUGUGUGCGGUGCUUCCAUCAUCUCUGACAGAUGGCUCAUCUCUGCUGCUCACUGCUUUCAAAAUUCACUUAACAAUCCAUCAGUAUGGCGAGCUUACAUGGGAUCAGUUGAACUAGGACAAGGUACUCUCCGGGCCAUCAAAAGAAUCAUCAACCAUCCCAGUUAUGGGACCGUCACCAGAAAUAACUAUGAUGUUGCAGUUCUGGAACUUUUCAACCCACUCAAUUUUUCUAACUUCAUCCAACCAAUUUGCCUUCCAUCGAGUAGCCAAGUUUUUCCUGCUGGUCAACUGUGCACCAUCACAGGAUGGGGCACUCUUACUUACCAAGGCCAAUCCCCUGACACCCUACAAAAAGGAGAUGUGGCUAUCAUCGAGGACCAAACGUGCAAUAGUUCCUAUGGAUCGCUCAUCACUCCUAUAAUGCUGUGUGCUGGCAUCUUAACUGGGGGAGUCGAUUCUUGUCAGGGCGAUUCAGGGGGUCCAUUGGCUUGUACAGAGUCCAAUGGCAGCUGGUUCCUUGCUGGGAUUGUGAGCUUUGGCCAAGCCUGUGCCUUACCCAACUUUCCAGGAGUCUACACUCGUGUAACAGCCAUUAGACAGUGGGUGCAGGAACAGACAGGGGUAUAAGUGGCUUUACAACAAAACAGUUUAGCUUGAACUGUUCCUAUACUGAUUUCCAUUCUCCAUUAACAAACUGUAACUUAUUUCUCCCAGGACAUUAUUACAUUGCAGUCAAUUCCCAACUCCCUUAUUUAUCAAAACAUUUUGACUUUGUUCCUUGCAUUUUCUACAUUUUACUUGAAGAAGAUGAACAUUUAGCAGGGCUUCUAAACUUCAGUUAUCUUUAUCACAUGCUGCACUUUUCCUACUAAUAUGCCAGGUUCUUGUGUUUCCCGAGUUAGAAGUUUAAAAUAACUGGUCGAAAUCAGUGAGUAAUAUUCAUUUGUGGCAACAAUAACUUGCCUCCGAACACUUCUCCCAAUGCUGAGUACUUAUACUGGGCCCCUAAACUCAAUCCUCUUUUCCAAGUUCCCAACCUCCCUCCCCUCCCUUAAGGAAGAGCCAACUCCUUCAAGGUUUUGAUCACCUUUCCUAAUAUUUCCAGCGGCGCCAUGAGGUCCCACUGCACCCGCAGUCCUGGCUUUCUCGCUGGUUGAGAAGGU